CACAUUUAAGUAUAGAUACUAUCGGUAUUUGUAUUAGCUGCAGAUGGCGAAAAUAUCGAAAAUAUUAUAACCUUGUAAUAUAUUAUGUUGAAUUUCUUAAUUAAUUAUGUAUAAAAGUAUAAAUAGAAUAAAAUAAAUAAAUAUUUUUCAACAUGAGUCAUAUUAUAGUAAUACGAAGCUAUAAACCUGGCGAUGAAAUUAAUUGUAAAGAAUUAGUGAAGGCAGGUGUGAUGUCUUCUUUAAAUUCAACAUUUUUUGGAAUUGUACUUAAAGAAUUGACUUUUCAAUUAAUGAUAUUGUUUGCUGCUAUAAUGUUUAUUUUCUUUGGAUUACCUUUAACAGUUUGCCUUUUAGUUAUUCCUCUUGUCAUUUUUUUUGUGUAUGUUGGAACUUACAUAGGUUUCACUGCGAAAGCUAUGGAAGUUAAUGAAGAAGUUUCUAAUAUACCAAGGAUUUACAUGUCUAAUGCCUUUUCAUGCUUUUGGAUUGCUGAAGCAUUUGAACCUUAUUUAAUGACUCAUUCUGCAAAGAAUGUACAUUAUACUAUAAUGACAGAACAACAGUUCCGUAAUUCAAAUAUUGAUAUUUCAUCUCAAGUUAAGAAGAUUGUAGGAACUGUUGCUUUAUGUAAAAGUCAUAGAUUAAAUAAAGGUGCAUGGAUCAAAAGAUUAUAUGUACAUCAACUAUAUAGAAGAAAAGGAAUAGCUUCGUGUCUUAUAAAUGUUGCAGUGCAGUUUGCUAUUGAUGAAGGGUAUAGUUGUGCUAAUAUUGUUGCUUCGGAAUACACAGAAGGAGGAAGAGAACUAUGUCUUAAAAAAGGUUUUGAAUUACAACAAAUGUAUCAUAAACCUAUUUUGGGUUCACUUAUAACUAUAUUGAUGUAUGAAUUGACAUAUCAAAUUAAACCUGGUGAAGAUGAUUAUGUGCCUACAGUUUACACUAGAUCAAUGCUUAAUAAGUAAGCGUUAAACUUAAUAUUUUUUUAAAUAAAGAACUAAAUUUUUAUAAAUUUCAUAA